ACUUCUUGCCAAAACCUCCUUUGGGAUCUCCAUCUUUCCCACUGAAAAAAUCACAGGCUUUUCCAUCCAUGGAGUUCAGACCCCGCAAUUACAUUGCCGAACGACAGUCCCACGCGCUUCCUCGCCUACGCGCCCAAAACCAUCCUCUCUCCGCUCCAUCCUCACCUCUCCUUAGCCAGGUUGAUGUUUUGGAUCAUGGAAACAAUGACUUUUUCGACCCACUGAGGAGAUCAGAUAAUAAUGCGACAGUUUCUAAAGAUGAUUUUCAAGAUCAUGAAAAUACUUCUAGUGAAACUUCUACUCAACUCCCGACAAAGGAAUGGAUGUCUUUCAAGAGAUUCUUAAUGCAGAGAUUUCCUGUCUCCAAAAUGGUUUCAAUUUCUUCAAUAUCCAAUGUGAUAAUGAAAGGUGCAAAGGCAUAUGAUAAAUCUUCAACAAAUAUGCAUCUAGAGGAACUAGAAGAUCCGGAAAAAUAUGCUGAAGAAGGUGUCAAGGUCAUCACUCGGCAAGAGUAUGUCUCUCGAUUGCAUGAGCUCAAAGAUGAAAUUAAUCGUUCUUGGCGUGCUAAUGACCGUGUAACAUCUUUGAAGUUAUCUAUAAAGGUUGCUAGGCUUUUGAUGGAUACAUCAAUUUUACAAUUUUAUCCUACGCUUUUUGUUCUUGCUAUGGAUAUAAUGGAUAUGCUUGGGGAUAUGGUAUGGGAGCGAAUCAUGUGGAAAGCUGAAUUUGCUGAAGAUGGAACCAGACUCUGCUCCUUACCAGAUAACUUUCAAGCAAGUGACAUUUGCUCUGAUGCCAAAGAAACUUGCAAUAAUUGGUUCUGCAAAAUUGGUUCCAUCCGGGAGCUUCUUCCACGCAUUUAUUUAGAGCUGGCUUUAUUGCCUUGCUGGCGUUUCCUGGUUGACAAACCUGAAGACUGUGUCCAGCGUUUGGUUAUGAUGACAAGAGGGUUAGCAGAUCCAUUGGCAUCUGCCUACUGUCGUCUGUAUAUGACCCACUGUGCCCAGAAGUUGCCCUCAUGUGAUAUAGGAUACCUAGUUAAAUGUGUUAAUGACAUCAAGAUUCUAGUGAUGCGGAUCAUAUCAGCCAAGGAAACAACACAAGGAAAUAUUACAAACAACAGAAGAUUGCUUGUCACUCUGAUGGAGCCAACCAUUGAGUAUAUUAUGAAAUGCAUAUUUAAGGAUGCUUCUCAGAGGCAAGUAGGUAAUGUGCUUGUGGAGCUUGGGCUAGGAAUGAAUCAAGUGGAGUUGUUUGGGAGUUUCUGUUGCCUCUCAAUUGUUCUGCAUCAUCUACUUAAGGAACUUCCUGCUGAAGUUGUUACUGCAAGUGCUGUGGAGAUCCUUCAUACCAUUGAAUGCAGCAAUGAUUAUUCCUUUGAUCAGUGUUUGAAUUACAGGUUACUAGGAUUCAGGCUUUCUGAAAGGAAAUCUCAAAGGGACAUUGUCCAUGCUGUGGUUGAUAAAGUUACUCAGGUUAUGAGUGAAAGGAAUAGCCUUGAUGAGUACCUGAAGGUUGUGGAUGCUUAUGUGGAUAUUGUUCUUCAAAAUCAGAUGGACAACCAUCUGAACACCAUUUUAGGAGGUAUUUCAAAGAGAGCAUACAAUAAAGUGGUCACUGAAGAUGAAUUGGCAAGCUUGCAAUCCAUCUUGGUGAAGAUUCUUACUCAUUUCAAGGUCUUAGAGGAUGUAUUCACCUUGAACCAUUUUCUGGAGAUCUUAGAUAUAAUGUAUGGGAGCUCACGGAGCAUUGUCAAUAUGCAUAUCCUCAACAUGGCAACAAGGAACGGUUCUAUAAGUGAUCCAACAUCCAUACAGCUGCUGUUUGAAAUUUCACAAAAUCUACAUGAUGAUGGUGAUUUUUUGAAUAUGAAAGAUGAUGAUAACCAGCCAGCACGGUUGAUUUCUCGUUUCGUCCAUAUGGUUGACUAUGGAACAGAGAUGGAACGCCAUUUAUCAUUUUUAGUUGAAUGUCGUGGAGCUUUUAGUAGCUUAAAUGAACUUAAGGAAACCCUUGUUCACUCCAGCAAUUGUUUAGUGAUUAAGGCUUUGAAAGAUGCAAAAAAGCAUCUUAGUUUUGUCAAAUCUUGCAUAGCAUUUAGUGAAGUCACAUUGCCUUCUAUUUCAGCUGGGGUUAAACAGUUAUAUCUUUAUCUUGAGACUGCUGAGGUUGCCUUGUUAUGUGGUUUAGUCUCUCAUUCAGAUGGACUGAUAGAUUCCGCAAUCAACUGUUUGCUAAGUUUAGACCUGAUGGAUGGGUCCCGGACAUCAAUUGAUGUUGAAGGCAUACUCUCUGCAAUUCAAAAGUUAUGCAGCCACUUGGUUAUGGUUCCAGGUAAUUCUGAGCAAGGAGUCACCUACUUCCCAAAUAACAUACUAUCUCUUGUUAAUUCCAGAUCUUGGAUGACACCAAGAAUGAGGACAAGAGUUUUUUGCACAAUUCUUACAUUGACAGCUACACUAUCUCAAAAUAAGCUCCCAUACCAUGCAGAUCAUGGAGAGAUUCCUGGAAAUGACCUAUUAUUUUUUGGUGAUUCAUCUUACUUACGAGAACUUGUGUCCUUUGCUGAGUAUGUUCUUCAGAACCUGGUUGAUACCAUUCAGCAAGAGCCUUCGCAGGCGGCUCGUGGAAGCAUGGCACUUGAAGCUUGCAAUUGCAUUGCAUCGUCUUUCAUGUUAAGCAAUGAAAUAUCCCAAGUCUGCUCCAAACUCAUAGAAACUGCCAGGUUGUGUUUGAGCGCCAGUGACAAAUAUCUGCAGUCAACCAUUACAUUUUUAGACAUAAACUUGCCGACGCCCAUGGUGUCACCAUCCAUUACUGUCUGAAUGAUAGAUAAAGGUAUUAUGAUUUGUUAAAUUGGAAGUCCACCUUGGAAAUGUUCAUUCUAAUUCAUAAUAAUUCUUUGAUUGUGUGACAGUACUCUCAGUCUUUUCACAGGGUAUAAAGUUUGUAAGAAAAUGUAUAUUUUGUUCAUAGAAGAUAUAUGUCUUUAUGGAAGAUGGGGGAAUCAACACAAUUGUAGAUGCUAUUGGAUUUAAUAAUGAUUUGGGCUCUUGGAAGAAGCAGAGACAGUUCUUUGGAGAGUUUUGAAGCCUUGCAAAGGAAAUUAGCUAGAUUUUAUAGUUUAGAUGAGUAUAGUAUUCGUUUUCGUUGUACAGAGAUACUAACUGGGCAUGGUUCUCUUAUUUCCAUCUAAUUACUUUUACAUGAUGUUUCACAAAUAAUUGAACAUAGCUCCAAUCAUUUAUCUUUCUU